AUGAUGAACAAACGUCAUAUCGUCGUCUUUUCGGGCGGGAGUGCGGCGAAUAAUCUGGUUGAUGUGUUCGGGAAGGUGGCGGAGGAUAAGGAGUGUUCGUUGAGUUACAUCAUUCCAAUAUCUGACAACGGUGGGAGUUCGAGUGAACUUAUCCGGGUGUUUGGUGGACCGGGGAUUGGUGAUGUGAGGAGUCGACUCGUCCGUUUGAUUCCUGAAGACCCUUCAUCUCCAGAAACAACCGCCGUCAAGACUCUCUUCAACCACCGUCUCUCCCCGGACUCCACACAAGCCCGGCACGAAUGGCUCGACAUCGUUGAAUCCCGCCACCUCCUCUGGACAUCCAUCCCCUCCCCGAAACGAGAACUAAUCCGCUCAUUCCUCAACACGAUCAACCUCGAAAUAGUAAAGCGAGUUCGCCCAACCUCGUCCUUCAACUUCCAGUCCGCAUCAGUAGGAAACUUAUUCCUAACCGGAGCGAGGCUUUUUUCCGGGAGUUUUGAAUCAGCUAUCUACUUGCUUGGAGCAAUCACAGGCGUUCCGUCCAAUAUCAAUGUUAUCCCUGCAAUAAACAGCAAUUUUAGCCAUCACAUCUCCGCUGGCCUGCAAGACGGAACCGUAAUCACCGGUCAAAACGCCAUCUCGCAUCCCUCUGCUCCGUCUGCCCCAACGCCCGCUACCCUUACAACCUCUUCCUCCGCCGCCAAUCUGCUACAGGAAGAAGAGACAAUCAGUCCAAUGACAAAACACGCAAGAACCCUCUCUAAAGAACUUACCGAGCACGACACCAUCGAAGACGCUAACCUCCCUGGAUCCUUGCCUACGUUAAGGAAACAAUAUAUCGCGUUCACCAAAACGCAUACCUCUGACCUGCCCUCCCGCAUCGAGAGGAUAUGGUACAUCAAUCCUUACGGACAGGAGAUCCGUCCUGCACCCAAUCCCAAAGUGCUGGAAUCCUUGGAGAGUGCAAGUGCGGUGAUCUACUCGAUUGGGAGUUUGUACACGAGUAUUGUUCCCUGCUUGGUGCUAAAGGGGGUCGGGGAGAAGAUCAGGGGGAGUGGAGUGAGGUAUAAGAUUCUGAUAUUGAAUGGAAGUUUGGAUCGUGAAACGAGGGCUGCGGGGUGCGAGUUUACGGCGAGGGAUUUCAUUGGCGCGAUUGCGGCGGCUUGUAAUGGUGGUGAGGUGAGGGAGGAGGAGUGGGGGAUGUAUGUGACGCAUGUUAUUUAUCUUGAGGGGGAGGGGACGCCGAGGGUGGAGAGGGAGGUGCUUGGUAGGGCGGGCGUGGAGUGUGUGAGGAUUUAUGGGAGAAAGAGAGAUGGGGAGGGCGAAGAGGGGGGCAUGUUGUAUGAUGGGACGGCGUUGGCGCAGGCGUUGGAGGCUAUUAUUGGGGGUGGGAAGAGGGGGGUGGUGGACAGGAGUCGGAGGAAUACUUUGGGGAUUAGUGGGGUUGCAGGAUAG